UUACCUAAUGAAUGGUUAAUGUAACUAUCUUCUGUGGCCAAUUUAAUUAUCAACUUUGUUUAAUUUACACGGUUAAAUUCACCUUUUUUUCAUCACUACUAGCUAAGCAAUGAUCGUUUAAUCUUCUCACAUGAAUAUAUUGUUCAAAGAUUCACAAGUUCUGACUUUCUCUUUCAUCUCAACGGAUAUUAUUGAUUAUUGUUAUUAUGGUUAAAGAUGAUUCGGAUGUUUCUGGGGACUCAGAAGAUUCUUCAGUGUUAUCAUCACUUCCCGCAUUAUCUUCUUUGGUUAAGAGCAAAGAGUAAAUGAAUUUAUAGCGGAAAUGAUUCAAUCAACUCCAGUGAAAGUAAACAGGGUUCAUGAAUGCUGACUAUUCUGAAUCUUAAUAAUGAAUCCUUUUCCCUUAACCAUGUUCACCAGGCUUUUUGAAUGGUAAUUGUUUUCUUCUUGUAAUUACUAUUGCAACUAGAAAAGCAAUUACAAAAGACUCUGACAAAGCUUUUGUUAAAGGCUGUGUGUUAAAAGUAAUGGCGAUGUUAGAGACUUUUAUAUCAAUUAUAUGGAUAUGACAUGGAUAUUAUCAUCAUGGAUUUGUAUUAAUCAUUAUUCACGAGUUGAACAUCUAACAAAGUUGAUAAAAAAACAUUUGAUGCAAGUCAGGACCAAGGAAGUGAAGCUCAUAAAGCCAAAUUGAUUAAAAACAUGAUGAUAAGCUGACACAACUGAAGCUAAAAAGCUUAAGAUGGAGCUGAGAUGAAGGGAAAAAAAUCGCUGGAAAACAAUGAAAAGGCUGAAAAACAUAUGAUUAAUAAACUGGCUGAUGAUUUGAUUGUCAACAAUAUUUAAUUGAAUGGAGCUGAUGAUUGAGCAAAGAAAAUUCGAUUUUUUUCAUCUCUACUUCGACAGACAAUCAAGCAGAAUAAAAGACGACAAAAAAUGGUUAAAAAUAUCAAAAUUGAAUAAAAGAAAUGAGGUUCUUCAUUUUUACUUUUCUGGCUAAACGGUUUCGAAUUUAAGGUCAUUCCUCAGGUUCCUUGUUAUCGCCAUCCUUAUUGUCAUCACUCUUAUUCUCAUCUCCCUCAUCCUGAUUAACAUCAGGUGAAAUGGUUUGGUUUUGCUUUACACCUUCAAAUCACUAUUGAUUUUACACUUAACCAUUCUUGAUGGUUCCAUUGAUCAACUGAAGAAUUGAUUUCGAUAUUUUUCUCAUCUCCUUUCAUCAUUCAUCUAUUUCAUUUUAGACAAUUACUCAUUGGUGCUAAUUAUUUCUCAUCAAUCGACUGCUGGAUUACAAUUUAUUCAAUUUUCCAACUUUUGUGCAAGGAAAUUGAUAGAUUACCAAACGAUCAUUUAGUCUUGAGAUGAAGUUUAUUGGCCAUAUUUUUAUUGUCAUCUGUUUGACCGAUGUAAAAUGGACCACUCACUGUUCCCCGUCAAACGUGAAACUUGAUUUUGGAAUUAAUCUUCCACCAAUGACCUUUCGAAUGCCUAGUUUCAAUUUUCCUAAACUCAAGGUAACUGCUGUUAUCCAUGGAUCAAAGCAACCUCGUCAACACAAUAGGAUAACACUUCCAGCAAUCAGUGUAAACGCUCAAUCAUUAGAACCAGAUACUGGUAGUUGGUCAGAUGGCAGAGAAACUGAAUCACAUUACUAUGAAAGAGAUGGUGAAAGUGGCAGUGAAAAUUACUCUGAUGGUGGAUGGAGUAGUGAUUCAGAUGGUGAAGAGUUAAGGGUUAAUGAAGAGCCUCGGUCAGUGUCUGUUCGAGAUGAGCUAUCUCAAGUUCAAUCGAAUAAUGAAGAAAUUAAAGAGAUGAAACAUUACCACGGUGGUCGCCCUAUCGGACUUGCUGAUAAAAUUGCUGAAGCUUCUGCAUCUGCAUCGCCUCCAUCUCCAUCUCCCUCUUCGUCAUCAUCAUCACCAACAUCCUUUUCAAAAUCAAAAAAUCAUUUUCAUUCUAAUAGAUUGCGUGAACCUCAAUCCAAUCAUGGACAACAACAAUCAAGUUUAACUUCACCACCUUCAUGGUCGCCCCCAUUGGACACUUCCGUUCCACCGACAAACAAUUUAAUUAUUCCUGAUGGAACCAACAUUAAUGCUUUUGAGUAUCUUAGGAAAGAUUUCAACUCACAAGCUAAUCAUGUUUCGAUGAAUCAAAAUCGAGAACAAAAUCAACCUCAACAAUUGAUGUUUUCACCCUCACCUCAAACAGUUAAUCAAUAUCAUGCAUCUCAUUUAACUCUCAGUCCAAGUGAACCUUUUAUCGCUUAUGGUGGAGACUCUUCAUUGGUCAAUAAGAUGACACCUUUUGUCAGGCAAUCAACAACAAAUGUAAAAAUGAAUGAACCCAAUACAGCUCUUGGACAACCAAAUAGCAACAUCAAUUAUCAACAAUCAGAUAAUUCAAGAUCAUUCAGACACUCGCAAGUUGGUAUGGAGCCAGCAAUAGGAACAAUUAUAAAUUAUCAGGAUUCACCUCAACUUUUAAGUCAAACAAUGGAACCUUCCUACAUUGGCAGCCUUUUACGUCCAAUUAAUCUAACAAAUAGCUAAUUGUGUUAUGAAAAAUCUCAUAAUUUGCCGCAAUUAAAAUUGUUUGAGUAAAUGA